CACCUGCCUCCUGCCUGGGCACGGAGCAUUUCAGGCCUGCCAUUUUCACCCUGUUAUUCUGUGGCGCAUGCGGGAAACUCUCCCCCCCCCAAAAAAAUCUGGGGGUGUCCCGGGACUCGCCUGCUGCCCCCCUCGCUGCUGUUCUGAGGAUCGGAGGCCGGGAGGCAGCAGCUCCAGCUUCACGCCUUGGCAGUCCUGGCUUGUCCCGGAGCCAGCCAGACAAAAGGGUUUGUUCUCCAGUCUGAACACUGGAGCAUUGUGGUGGAGCAGCAGCAGCAGCGGUGCCGCCUGGCCUUGGCACACCCACACAGUUACGAAAGAGGUGGAGUUUUCUCUUGGCUGUCAGCGUGCCAGCAGCCCCAGCAAGCAGCCAGGGAAAGGCACUUCUAGGAGACGCUCCUUUGUCAUCUUGGAGGGAAAAAGGGCCUUUUCCCAGAGGAGGGAGGAAGCCAGGCAGUGAGCAGCAGCAGCAGCAGCAGCAGCAGGAGGGAUUCCUUCCUCCCCAGGGCGGUGCAGGCACAGCUGACGCCAGAGAUCUCUUUCAGUGCCAGUCCAGGAGGUGGAGGUGGUGAAACCCACUGCAGGGCCUGGAGGUGCAGCUCUCCCCCCACCGUGACCCCCCUGACUGAUACCCUCUUGCUGGGCUGCUGGCAGAAGAGGGAGGAAUCGCACGCCGCCAGGUCACCUGCUGCUGAGAUGGGCAAUGGCAUGAACAAGGUUCUCCCUGGACUUUAUCUUGGGAACUUCAUUGAUGCCAAAGACCUGGACCAGCUGAGCCGGCACAAAAUCACCCAUAUUGUUUCCAUCCAUGAAUCCCCACAGCCACAUAUUCCGGGAAUCACUUACCUUCGCAUCGCUCUGCCGGAUACCCCAGAGGCAAACAUCAAGAAGCACUUCAAAGAAUGUAUUCAUUUUAUCCACUCCUGUCGCCUACGGGGAGGAAACUGCCUCGUCCACUGCCUUGCAGGGAUCUCUCGCAGCACGACCAUCGUCCUGGUUUACGUCAUGGCGGUGACGCAGCUGAGCUGGCAGGAAGCGCUGGAAGCCGUCAAGGCGGUACGGCCGGUCGCCAACCCCAAUCCGGGCUUCCGCCAGCAGCUAAAGGAGUAUGAGGGCAGCAGGUCUGCCAGGAAGGUCCACCGGCGACUUGAGCGCAAGUACGGAGCAGUACCCUUUGAUGACGAGGAGGAGAUCAGGGCCCUGCUCCUGCCUGGCAAAAGGCGCGACGUCUCCAGGCCUGAUGGGACUCAGCAGGCUCUGGUGCCAAAGAGCAGGGGUGCCAAGCAGACAGACCCCUUCCUUCAGCGGGUGAAGCAGACCUUCUCCUGCCUCCCUGGGUGCCUAAAAUGAGACCUCCCAAGGCAUUCUGGGAAAGCACAGAGGCUAACCACAGUAGAUUGGCCAAGGCCAAAACCUGGCAAAGGGUGCUCCUGCCGCUGACACCUUGAGCAGAAAACCUCUGUGAUGGACACUGAGCACCGCUCAGAAGGUUGAAUGUCAGGGCGCUUGUCUUGUCUGCCUCCAUCCCUUCCACCUGGGAAAUGGAAGUAACUGUUACUGGAGGAAAUACUCUGCAGACUCCAAGGGCCUGUUUCUGACAAGAGAGGGCCAGUCAGUGGUGCGUGCCCUAGCUUGCACCAUUUGUCAGCACCACACCUGGGACAUCUGCUGGCCCAAGACUUUCCAGCGUGGAAUCUCUGGCAGGAAUUGGCAGUAAAAAAAAACCAAAAACACCUUGCAGUAAAAAAAAGAUGACCGCUGUAUAGAAUAGCCCUUUUCAGACAUUAUACAAAAGGUGCUCUGCAGCAGUAAAGGUAAAGUGUGCCGUCAAGUCGAUUUUGACUCCUGGCGCCCACAGAGCCCUGCGGUUUUCUUUUGGUAGAAUACAGGAGGGGUUGACCAUGGCCUCCUCCCGCGCAGUCUGAGAUGAUGCCUUUCAGCACCUUCCUAGAUUGCUGCUGCCUGAUAUAGGGGUUCCCCAUAGUCUAAUGCCUCUUGCCUCCCUGCAUAAGUAAAGUCAAGUAAAGUGUGCCAUCAGGUCAAUUUCGACUCCUGGCACCCACAGAGCCCUGUGAAUACAGGAGGGGCUGACCAUUGCCUCCUCCCAUGCAGUGUGAAAUGAUGCCUUUCAGCAUCUUCCUAUAUCGCUGCUGCCUGAUACAGUACCAGCGAGGGUUCGACCUGGCAACCUUCUGCUUGUUAGUCAAACAUUUCCCCACUGCACCAUUCGAGCAUCGAAAACGGGGCCGGAUGUCCCGCCCUAGCCCCAUCAGUCAUCCCUGUCAGUGCCCCGCCCACAGUGAUGACUGACAGGCCCAUGCCUCCCAAUCACGGAAACACCCACCCUCAGGUGUGCGGCGUUUUGCCUCUUCAGACAAAUCCUGCUCUAACUGCUGGCAGAGGUGAUUGACAAAGCUAGGGGUGGGACUUCCGGCCACCUCUAGUACAACGUCUGAUUAGGGCUCAUGGUGGGGGGGAUGAAAAAGCAAGUCGACUGGAAAUGGUCCUUGCCCUGCAAAUGGCUUCCCUACCCAAAGAGCACAUCAGGUCUGUCGGUGUGGAGGUGCAAGAUAGAGAAGCAACCCUGAUGCACGCUGAGGUGGGGCAAAACAGUAACUGGCAAAUGUGCCUGCCAGACUCCAAAGGGAGCCUUUUUCCAGGAGGGCCAGAACGCCGAAAAACAGGAAGCUGCCAGACCAAGUCAGACCACGGGCCCAUCUCCCUCAGCAUAGUCUGCACUGACUGGCAGUGGCUAGCCCUACCCCAGGGAUUGAACCUGGGAUCUUCUGCAUGCUACGCAGAGCUGCGUCCCCUUAAUCAAAAUCAAAACUGCGGCAGGUGUUGGGUUAAAGCCUCACCUGGUGGCCCUGAUCUGGAUGGCUCCCCCAUGCUUGGCAUUUACAUCAAAAGAAACGAGCCCGCCAGGGCCACAUGUAGUGCGACCCUCAAUGGGUGCAAUCCUGAAUGGUUGCCCAGAAGGGAAACUUUGGCUGCUGCUGCUGGUCCCACCUCAGAAAAGGCCUCUUCUGCACAGUAGCUAUUGAAGGCAUAUCCGAUGUCUGCUCUGAAGCAGGAGCACAGCAGGCCUUGCAACAUCCCUCUGUCUUUGCUAAGUGAGACAGCACAGUGCCAACGGACCGGCUCCGGUUGGUCAUCAGAGCGCCUUUCCCCUUUGGCAUGGUCCCACCCUGACCUCUCCAACCCUGUGAGGCUCCAGGGCCUCACUGGGAAAGAGAAAACAAGCUGGCACGCUCUGGUUAUUUCCUGCUGGACGUCCAGCAAUGGUCUAUGGAAACAGGGGCUUUUCAGAGGCCUUCUCGGGGUCGCUGCAUUUCAUAGGAUUCAAAAGGAAGACACCACCCGCCAGCCCGUCCUCAGGGGAACAAAAAUGACGACCCUGCUGGCUCCCUUCCCCAGCAACUCAGCGGCCCCAAUGGCUUUUCUCAAGGGAGUGAUCCUAACAGAGGUGCCAUACUAACAAUCUGGGUAAAAAACGAUGCUGAUGCACCAGCUGCAGCCACAACCCUGGCUUGUCGCGUCUGCUGCUCAGCACUCUCCCCUUUGCAGCCUGCCUGGAUACGUCUCCUUUCCAAGAAACUGGCAGAGAGCACAGCUGCUGACCCCAGGUCAGAACUGGGUUUCAGGACCUGCGUCACAUGGGGGGGGUGCUGCGGCUGGAAUUCCCGCAGCAGAGCCAGUCAGUAGUUCAGUAGCCUGUGCCUGUCAGUGACUGGAGGAGAGCUGUUCUGCCCACAGGCCUGGAAACGGAAAGCUUCCGUGUCAGGCAGGGAAAACGAGGGUGCAUGCCCGUGGCAAAGCAAGUUCGAGCCCUGCUUCCCCUGUUGUAAGUAACCUUGCGGCCCACACACGUUUCUUCUACUCCUAUAAGCACAAAGUCAAGAUUGGUCUCACGUGUGGUGUGCAGAUCCGAAAGUGAGAGGUCUUUGCUUUCUUGGCCAUUGUACCAGCUGAGCCCCAGUUCAAGAACCACCCCGGGGCUGCUUUUAAAAACCGUUCAGAAACACCUCCCAAAAUGCAGUCAAAUAUUGGUCAAAUCUUGACCAAGAACUGAAACCUUUACUGUAUUAGAACUGCAAUGAAGAGAUGGACGCCAAUUACCAAACAGGAAUGUCUACAUUCAAGAGGUCCAGCAAGGGUUGCCACAUGCCCAGUACUGUCCCAGACAGUCUAGGAGUCGGACGUCCUGUCCAGCCAGUCCAGGGUGAAGGAAAAGUGUCAUCCUGGAUACAAAAAGUCCUAGGAAUUUGAGCAGGAAGGUUUCUUUAGCACAUUUUACCUAUUUUUCUGGUGCUUCUCUCCAAGCAUUGUAGCCAUACAGUGUCAAUGUUUAAAACCUCCUAUCAUUACCCUUUUUCUCUGGCCCCAGGGCUGCUGACAGGCAGGGCUGGCUCUCUGUAUGGCUCUGGGAACCCCUUCCCCUCCUUCCUGGGUCCUCUCUAGAGAGUGAUGUAUAAAGCCUCUGCCUUUAUACUGGGCCUCUGUCCAUGGUGAAGUAUAUGGACAGAGAGAGCCCCCUUUUCUCUAGUGGCAUCGUUGGGGUCCCACUUCUCUCUAGAAUACUUAUUGCUUUUAAAAAGUUUAUAAACGGUUAUUAAACAAAAUAAACACUUAAUACAGAUUUAUUUCA